ACACUCAUUUAGCUUUUAUGAAUAAAUUAGGGCGUGAUCUCUACCAUCCACCUUAGUCCUCCUAUUCACCAGCUCAUGAAUAUUAAGGAGGCAUCGAUAUAGGAGCCAAAAGACCGGCCCCUUGCACCAACGCGGCCACAUUCAGCAUCCACCAGCGCCACAGAGCUCUCAUCAGACUUUUUGGUCGGCGACGGGGUCGGUUUGAUUUGGGCUGGGUCGAUUCUGGUUUUUGGAAAAGAAAAAUGGCUUUGAGAGGACCUCUGUUCCGUCUUCUCCGAACUCAACUCAGUCACACUUGCCAACAGAACAGAGCUCAGUCCGUGGCUGUGCUGGGCGCUCCGUUUUCAAGAGGACAGAAAAGAAGAGGCGUGGAGCACGGACCCAAAGUCAUCAGAGAUGCGGGGCUCAUCGAGAGGCUCUCCAGUUUAGACUCCUCUGUCCACGACUUUGGCGACCUCAACUUCCACAACCUUGAGAAGGACGAACCCUACAUGAAUGUAAAGUCCCCUCGCACUGUGGGUGCAGCAAAUAAGAUGCUGGCUGGCGCAGUGAGCAGAGCUGUUGGUGCUGGACACACCCUUGUCAUGCUUGGAGGUGAUCACAGCCUUGCUAUUGGAUCAGUGGGAGGCCAUGUCCAGCAGUGUCCUGACCUGUGUCUCAUCUGGGUUGAUGCUCAUGCAGAUGUAAAUACGCCCAUGACUUCUCCAUCAGGAAACCUCCACGGCCAGCCUGUGGCAUUCAUGCUCAAAGAGCUGCAAGACAAGAUGCAAGGUAUCCCAGGGUUCUCCUGGACGAAGCCAUUCCUCUCCUCGCGGGACCUGGUGUACAUCGGGCUGCGGGACAUUGACCCCGGAGAGCACCACAUCCUGAAGAACCUGGGUAUCCAGUACUUCACCAUGAGGGAUAUCGACAGACUAGGCAUCCAAAGGGUCAUGGAAGUCACUCUUGACCAUCUUCUGGCAAGACAAAAGCGACCGAUCCACCUGAGCUUUGACAUUGAUGCAUUCGACCCGUCUCUGGCUCCAGCCACAGGAACGCCAGUGAACGGAGGUUUGACCUACAGGGAGGGGAUCUACAUCACAGAGGAAAUACAUAACACAGGCCUGCUGUCGGCCAUGGACCUGGUAGAAGUAAACCCUAUGCUAGGUGCCAACCGUGAAGCCGUGGAGGCCACCGCCUCUUUAGCAAUCGACGUCAUCGCGUCUGCUCUGGGACAGACGAGAGAAGGCGCUCAUGGGUCCACUGAUGAGAUUCCCCCCGUGAAGGACGACACAGAGCAGCUCCGCCUCUGAGAGCAUUCCGCAAACAAAGACUGAAUCUAAUAGUAGCAGAAGUUGUGAAGUUUUUCUUCCCAUCUCUUUGCUGUUUAGCGUUAUGUUGAAAACAAAAUUAUGUUUGGAUUUAUAAAAAUAUAAGAGGGCUUGAGGAGAAACGUUCACAUUAAUAAUGCUGAGACAAAAGCCUUUAACAUAAUUUAGAAACCACUACACUUGUUGAGGGGAAUACUAUUCAUUUAAAACAGCAAAACUAACUUAUUUUGCUCCUGUGUGUAAUAAGUGUUUGGGGACACAGCUGCCACAUAUUUAUUAUGUGUUUGGUUAACAAGAGAAUGAACCUGCCUCAGAGGUAUGAUAAACCAAGUUUGACUUAGUUUGAAGUCCACAGUCUAACGUGACUCAGACUCUCAAAACUGUUUUGUGGCUAUGCCAGUUGGGAAAAACUAGUAAUGAUGUGUGCACUUUUGGACCAGCUAUGGUUGCUGCAUUUUCUUUCUUACUUUUGUAUUUUCACUUUGAACCUACUACUACAUUACUGUGUGUAUAAAUAUUUACUGACUACAUCAGUAUUAAUUGGCUUGAAAACUGUUAAUAUUCAGCCUUGAUUCAAAUGCUGGCAAAAAAACAACUAUUUGCAUAAUUGAACUGAUCUAAUGCUUGGUCAAUGUUUGACUUGAUGUGGCCACUAAAUGACUAUUAUCCUUCCAACAAAGACUACAUUUGAGUCUUCCAUAAAUGUGAUUACAUUUUU